AUGUAUUUGAGAUCACCAACAGCUAAUGAUGUUGUAAGGCUUCUGCAUAUCGGUGAACAGCGUGGUUUUCCAGGAAUGUUAGGCAGUCUAAACUGCAUACAUUGGAGAUGGAAAAAUUGUCCAACAACAUGGGCUGGACAAUAUGCAGGUCGUAGUGGAUCCCCAUCAAUAAUUCUUGAAGAUGUAGCGAAUUAUGACCUUUGGAUAUGGCUUGCAUAUUUUGGUAUUUCUUCUCCCGCCCAUUAUGUUAUUCAAGGAAAAGCAUAUGAUAUGGGUUAUUAUUCAGCUGACGAUAUAUAUCCAAAAUGGUCAACCCUUGUGCAAACUAUUCGUGACCCACGUUCGCCACAGAAGAGAUAUUUCACGAUGAAACACGAAUCAUGUCGAAAAGAUGUUAAACGUGGAUUCGGAGUUUUGCAAGCUCGUUUCGCAAUUGUCGCAUGA